AUGGACAAUCAAAGCUGGCCAACAUACUGCACACUAACGAACUAUCAAGGCAAUUUAGCAUGUAAGUUGUAUAAUGUGACAGAAGAUGAAUAUGGUCGACCUUUGAAACCAAAUUAUGUGGUAGGUUUAUUAUGUUGCUAUGAUGGAACACAAUGCAAAGUGAAAAAUGGAGUUGAAAGUGUGAAAAGAAACCUUUACCUAAAGUACACCGUUGAGUGGUUUGAUUGGAGUGACUCCAUAAUACCUGUUAAUAUCUAUUUGAUGUCACAGAUACUUGGGAGAACACUGGAAUCCAUGGUUGCUUGUGAAAAUGGAAGUGCAACUAAUGACUUCACCAACAUAAAAAAAUCAAAAGCAAGUUUCCUAAUUUCUGGUGAUGUUGUCUAUGGUGUUGCACAUCUGCAUAGUGGUGGAAUAGGUUAUGCUUUAUAUGGAGGGGAUGGACGUGUAAUUUUCUCAUCUAGAGCUAUAUAUGGAGAAGGAAAUGAAGCAGGAAAUGAAGUUGGAUAUAUUGUAGGAAUGACCACAUGUUACCCUAAUCCAGGUUCUAUAAAGAUAACCAAAGAUGAAGUUUUAAAUUUGGAGUCUAAUUACAACAGUGAAAAGAGCCAUACGGGAGUUAUUGGGCUCUUCUAUAUUAUUGUUGCAGAUUCUUCUUCUACUUUGGAUGCUUCAGUUCAAAUUCAUCAAGAUUACGUGGUACCAAUACCAAUCUUCUUUUGGCGUGUAGCUGUGUUUGGAUUGGCAAUUUUUGCAGCUCUUGUUGUUUCUUAUAGGAGACAAAGGCAAAGUGAGGAUGACUACCAUUCUAUUGCAACUUCCACAUAA